GAAGAAGAAGAAGAAGAAGAAGAAGAAGAGGAGGAGGAAAUAGGAAAGAGGAGGACCAGCAUGGCCGCUAUCGGGAUUCAUUUCGGUUACACCUGUGCUUGUGUCGCUGUGUUCAAGGAUGGCCGGGCGGACGUGGUGGCCAACGAUGCAGGAGACCGGGUGACUCCAGCUGUGGUGGGCUUCAGAGACACAGAGCAGAUCGUUGGAAUAGCAGCAAAGCAAGGUCAGGUCCGGAACGCGGCCAACACUGUGGUGAAGGUGAAGCAGGUCCUGGGGAGAAGAUUCGAUGAUCCUGUGACUCAGACGCACAAAGCGGAGACCAAAUGUCAGGUGGUGGACAAGGAGCAGAGGCCUUACUACGCGCUGAGCUGUGGGGAGCGAGCGGAGCUGGUGGCCCCGGAGGACGUGGCGAAGCUCAUCUUCAGGAAGAUGAAAGAAACGGCUCAGUCUGCUCUGGGCUCUGAUGUCACCGACUGCGUCAUCACCGUCCCCUUUGAGUUUGCACAUGCUCAGAAGAGGGCUUUGAGGGAGGCGGCGGAAGCUGCCGGCUUCCAUGUGCUGAGAAUGAUCCACGAACCCGCCGCCGCUCUGCUGGCCUACAACGUGGGCCAAGACUACUCGUCUGGGAGCAGCCAUGUCCUGGUCUAUAAGCUGGGGGGGACGUCCCUGAGUGUGACGGUGCUGCAGACCAACGGGGGGAUGAUCCGGGUGCUCUCCACCCGCACCGAACACAGCAUCGGAGGGGAGAGCUUCACCCAGGCGCUGGCUCAGCACCUGGCCUCAGAGUUUAAAAGAACCUUCAAGCACGAUGUGAGCAGGAACCCGCGGGCCCUGCUGAAGCUGAUGAACAGUGCAGACAUGGCCAAGCACUCCCUGUCCUCCCUGGGCUCUGCUAACUGCUUCGUGGACUCCCUCCAUGAUGGCGUGGACUUUGAGUGCAGCGUUUCCAGAGCGCGCUUCGAGCUGCUCUGCUCCUCGCUGUUCAACAGAAGCAUCCAGCCAAUCAGGGCCCUGCUGGAGGAGGCUGGCCUCUCGGCCACAGACAUCAACACGGUGGUUCUGUGCGGCGGGUCGUCCAGGAUCCCUCGCCUCCAGCAGAUGAUCCGGGAGAUGUUCCCAGAUGUGGAGCUGCUCAAUUCGUCUCCUCCUGAUGAGGUCAUCGCCGUGGGGGCGGCCAUCCAAGCCGGGCUCCUGGUGGGCAGGGACGGCCUGGGCCCCGACGACGAGUCAGUGGCUGUGGAUGUUUGUGCUGCAGACAUCCUGCUGAAGGAGUUGGAUGAAGCAGGAGCUGAGACCUUCAGGGUCCUGGUUCCCCAGGGGACCCCCCUUCCUGCCCGCAGACACCACAGCCUGUCUGCUGAGGGCAAGAUGGCCUCCCUCUGCCUGGAGAUCUAUCAGAGGUUAGACGGCGAGCAGCCAGAGAGACUGUCCAAGCUGGUUGUGCGAGGCCUGCCGCCCAGCGAGGAGCGGCGCCGCGUGGACGCUGUGAUCACCAUGAAAAGGGACGGCUCCUUUCACCUUUCUUGUGCCGCUAACGACGACGGAAGAUCGGAGGCGGUCACCAUAGCGGCAGCAUCAUGAUCCACGGCUCCUGGCUGUACCACCCAAUAAACAUUGAACUGUGGAGCUGCUCUGUGUUUGGUCUCCACUGGGGAGGGAAUCUGACGGGAAUGUUCCACUGAUGGCCAGCAGGUGUCACCCUAAGAGAGGGGUGGACAGGAAGCCAAUCAUUCAUUUUUGCUGUGAUUGGGGCGGGGCGGUGUUAGGGGCGGAGCAAAGGAAGCGCUGCAGCUGAUGGCUCCUGUUCAUCAGAAACACCAAUGACAGAAUUAGGACUACAGGAAACAAAGUUCCUUAGAGCUUUUCUAAACCCCAAACAUCUGGAUGAGAACAUCAGCAGGAGAUCAGGGAUGGAGGAGGAACCCAUGAGAUGAUGAACAGGUCCUCCCUGUUUUUAUUCUUCAUUCUCACCUGCUGACAGAAGAUUCCACCUAAAUACAUACAAUGAUCCAUUACAAUUCAACAAAUAAACCCGUAAUGUUAUCA